CAAAACUCGUGUCAAUCAGCAGAUCGAUUAGAUAUAAAAAAAAACCUAGUUUAGAUCGAAGUGAUCUCUCUCUCUUUUUCGCUCUACCAACGUAACUCGCCAUACCGAUUCCAUGGCGGGGAAGAGGCUUUUUCAAGAUCUUGAGUCAGAUCAAGAAAAUAAAUCCGAGAAGCGAUUGAAAUCUCUACCACUCUUUGCCUCUGUGUUUGGAGCAUUGAAUACAGAAAAUGCCUUGACGAGCUUCUCGUUAGCCCUAGAGCCCCUUCUUAGAAAAGUUGUAAGUGAAGAAGUGGAACUUGGAGUACGUAAAAAAAUUCGAUCAUUUUCUCGGUCAUCGUCGUUUCGAGUUGAAGCUCCGACAUUAAAGCUAAUCUUCGCUAAGAAUAUACAGACGCAACCAAUAUUCACGGGAACUAAAAUCACUGACGUGGACAACACUCCACUCCAGGUCAUCCUCGUUGAUGGUUCAAACAAUGAUCACCAGAUCGUUCCUGUGAAUCUCGACCGUACGAUCAGACUAGAAAUCGUUGCUCUUCAUGGAGAUUUUCCAUCGGAUGAUAAAUGGAGUAGCGAUGAGUUCGAGCGUAAUAUCGUCAAAGAAAGGGAUGGGAAACGGCCGUUAAUUGCCGGAGAAGUAACUGUGACGAUGAGGAACGGAGUUGCAACGAUCGGAGAUAUUGAGUUUACGGAUAACUCGAGAUGGGUUCGUAGCCGUAAGUUUAGAAUUGGCGUGAAAGUUGCCAAAGGGAGUAGCGGUCAAGGCGUUGCGGUUUGUGAAGCCAUGACUGAAGCAUUCAUUGUUAAAGAUCAUCGUGGAGAACUGUACAAGAAACAUCACCCACCAAUGUUAGAAGACGAAGUGUGGCGGCUAGAGAAGAUAGGCAAAGAUGGGCCCUUUCACAAGAAGCUCUCGUCUGAAAACAUUAACAAUGUUCAAGACUUUUUGAAGUUAUCCGUCGUUGACCUUGACAGACUCCGUCAGAUUAUGAGCCAAAUGUCUGAUAAAAUAUGGGAUGUCACACUGAAACAUGCUAGAGAGUGCACUUUGGGAAACAAGUUAUACAUUCACAGAGGACCUCACUUUUACUUGACCUUGAAUCCAAUAUGCGAAGUUAUAGAAGCAAUGAUCAAUGGUCAAGUCUUUUCUAAUCAAGAAGCGAUGAAUCAGCUCUAUAUUAAGAAGUUAGUUCAAGAUGCUAACUCAAAGUGGGAAUUGUUAGAAGUGAUAGAAAGAAAAACAAACGAGAUUCCUCUUUUGACACAAGGUGAUACUUUGGACCGGCAAUAUGGUGCAAACCACUACCAUAACAACAUGGAAACGAAUAGGUAUCAACAAAACGGUUAUGCUCAAGAGAGAUCCACCAACACUUUUGAGAUGAUAAACGAAGGGUAUAUUACUACGACACCAACGGAACUCGGUAUAUAUUUCAAUAUUACCGGAUCGUCAUCCCAAAGUCAUCUUAACCCUUUUGGUUAAUCCUCAUCUAAGACGCCUCUUGUGCUCUCUCACACGAUGAUUAGACUCUUUAACAAAUGAGAGUUUAGUCUACUAGUUGGUAGAGACAUGUAUUAUAUAUAUAUAUACAUACUUGUGGAUCAUUAUUAUACAUAGAUGUGUGAUUUUAGAAGAGAAAAAAAGAGUAGUAAUAUCUCGAUGAAUGGUGUUUCACAUGUUUGCGUUUUCGAAAUGAAAACGUGUUUUUACUGUUGUUUUUUUACCAUUCAUGAUAUUAAUCAAAAGCUUACUCUUUUACGUGUUACCCAAAACUAACUCUUGAGUAUAUAAUAUGAUGUAAUCUAUAAGCUGUGGAUAGA